AUGGGAAUCUUUUGGUUCAAGUCCCAUGGCAUCUACUUCGGAGCCUGCCAAAUCCAGAUGUUCUGCAUCCACUCCUUUUCCUUCAUGGAGUCCUCAGUGCUCCUUGUCAUGUCCUUUGAUCGGUUUGUGGCCAUCUGCUAUCCCCUGAGGUAUAUGGUCAUCAUCACUGGCCAAAGAGUGGUCAGGGUAGGCCUGGUUGUCAUUCUGCGGGGACCCUUGGCUCUUGUUCCCAUUGUUUUUCUCCUUAAGGCUUUUCCUUUUUGUGGGUCUCGAGUCCUCUCCCACUCUUUCUGCCUGCACCAGGAGGUGAUACACUUGGCCUGCACAGACACCACCUUCAACAACCUGUACGGGCUGUUAUUGGUGGUGUUUACUGUGGUGCUGGACCUGGUGCUCAUUGCACUGUCCUACGGGGUCAUCCUGCACACGGUGGCAAGACUGGCCUCCAAAGGGGAGCGGCUCCGAGCCUUCCAAACAUGCACCUCACACCUCUGUGCUGUGCUGGUAUUCUUUGUACCGAUGGUGGGGCUGUCCUUGGUUCAUCGCUUUGGGAAGCAUGCCCCACCUGCUGUCCACCUUCUUAUGGCCAAUGUCUACCUCUUUGUGCCUCCCAUGCUUAAUCCAAUCAUAUACAGUAUUAAAACCAAGGAGAUCCGCCAUGCCAUCAGCAAGUUCCUGGGUCUUAGAAAGGCCAAUGCUGACUCAUGA